AACACAUAAUAGGAAACAGGUGGUCUCGCGCACACACGAUUACUCUCCGAAAUUGUAGCAGCGGGAAAAUAAACAGGCAACGUUAAAAACCGAUCAAAUUACUCCAUUCAUCUUGUUAGCGCCUCAUUCUUCCCCCUUCUCUUUUACACGACUACUAAUAUCUCUCAAUACAGAAACCCUAAUUCCAAAAAAAUGGAUCCUGAAAUGUUCGAGAGGAGGAGCAGCGCUCGGAUUCGGAAGCUCAAUAGCGAGAGAUCUCUCUCAGGAUGCAAGGAGAGCAAGUAUAAAGAGGUGGAGCCAGAGAGAGAGAAGAAGAAGAGUGUAAAGAGAAAGAGGAUCGAGAAGCCGAAGGCUGGCUCGAAAAUCGAGGAGGCUGUUCAAGUCAAGGCUCCAUCCGAAGCUGUGGAGAGUAAUGGCGGUGAGGUGGCAGAGGCGGCCGGUGAGGAUGUAGUUCCGGCUGCUGAGCCUGAGAGUAAUGGAAAUGAGAAUGAAGGAGGCUCCAGAAGCGCUUAUGCUGUUGUUAGGGCAGCGGUUCGAUGCUUCUACACUCACUAUCUUCAUUUUGUUCAGGAAGAGGAAAAGAGGUGUGGUAAAGCAGAGGCUGAUAAAAAAGCUGCCAAAGGUGCUUCAAAAACUAAGAAAAUUGCGGAAAAUGGAGAUGUGCCUAAAGACAGCAGUAAGAACAGUUCAAGGCGCCCGGAUCUAAAGGCACUAACAAAGAUGAUUGAAACAGGAUCUGCAUUACGCCCAAAUAGGAUUGGAUCUAUUCCGGGGAUAGAUGUUGGACAUCAAUUCUUUUCUCGAGCCGAGAUGGUUGCUGCUGGAUUCCAUAAUCACUGGCUUAACGGAAUAGAUUAUGUUGGGCAAAAUGGCAGCAAGAUUGAGGAUCUUAGUCGUUAUACACUACCGAUUACCGUCGCCAUAGUGAUCUCAGGUCAAUAUGAAGAUGACCUCGACAAUUGUGAGGAUGUUAUAUAUACUGGUCAAGGCGGUAAUAAUCUGCUAGGCAACAAACACCAAAUUAAGGACCAAAAAUUGUUGCGCGGUAAUUUAGGACUCAAGAAUUCAAUGGAUCAGAAAGUUCCUGUGAGAGUUAUUCGUGGGCAUGAAUCUAAGAUUAGCUAUGUUGGAAAGGUGUACACCUAUGAUGGCUUGUACGAGGUAGUAAAUUAUUGGGCAGAAACAGGAAUAUCCGGCUUUACCGUAUACAAAUUUCGGCUUAAGAGGCUUGAAGGGCAGCCUACUUUGACCACUGCUCAGGUCCAAUUUACUCGCGGGCAAAUUCCUAAUUCGGUUUCUGAAAUACGCGGGCUGGUGUGCGAGGACAUUUCUGGAGGGCAAGAGAAUAUUCCGAUCCCUGCUACAAAUGUGGUAGAUGACCCACCUGUUGCACCAACAGGAUUCACCUACAGCACCAAGAUUGAAGUGCCUGCAAGCAUGACGCUCCCAACACAAGUUCCCGGAUGUGAUUGUCAGGGCAAUUGUGUAAAUUCCGGUGAUUGCAGUUGUGCUAAGCUCAAUGGGGAAGACUUCGCGUAUGUCCAUCGUGAUGGAGGCAGGAUUAUUGAGCCGAAGGCUGUUGUUUUUGAAUGUGGGCCAAAAUGUGGAUGUGGCCCUGAUUGUGUGAAUAGGGCUUCUCAAAGGGGACUUAAGUACCGACUUGAGGUCUUUCGUACUGCAAAGAAAGGAUGGGCUGUUAGAUCGUGGGAUUUUAUUCCAUCUGGAGCCCCUGUGAUCGAAUAUAUUGGGAAGCUGAGAAGGACAUCCGAAGAUCUUGAUCCGGAGAACAACUAUGUCUUCGAUAUAGAUUGUUUGCAGACAAUGAAAGGUUUAGAUGGAAGAGAGAAGCGGGUGGGAGCUGUGUCUUUACCAUCACACAUGGCGGAUGAUGGCGAGAUGGACAGGGGACCAGAAUAUUGCCUAGAUGCGGGCAGUAGUGGCAAUGUUGCUAGGUUCAUCAAUCACAGCUGUCAGCCGAAUUUAUUUGUGCAAUGCGUGUUGAGCAGCCACCAUGAUGCAAAGCUGGCUCGGGUUUUGCUCUUCGCCUCUGAAAACAUACCUCCCCUGAAGGAGCUUUCUUAUGAUUAUGCAUAUGCACUGGAUAGUGUAGUUGGUCCAGACGGAAAUAUAAAACAGCUAGAGUGCUUUUGUGGUGCAGCAGAUUGUAGGAAGAGGAUGUUUUGAGAUGUUCCAUUGUUGUUUUGGAUGUUGCUGAUGACUUGAUUGCAAUAACAUUUUCAUAUGUUGGGUGCUUGAUUUUUAUCAACAGUGGUAUUUUCCUUGGGUUUUCUUAAAGCCUGGUAGCUUUUCCUUAUACAAUUAUCAUUAUAUAUUUUGCAAAGCCAUCAACAAACCUGAAAGGUCGAAUGGAAUUUAUGUGUGGCAAGGCAAGACUUUUUCUUAGUUUUGUGUAAUAAAAAAGAGAAAGUAUGCUUGUGACAACU